AUGUCCACAACGGUCCCCGAGAUUCCGGGUGUCCAGAUUCCCGAGGGCCAGCAACUCUACUUUCUUCGCGAACAUGUUCGCGACAUCCUACAGCUCAAUUCCACAAACUUCUGGGUUUGUGAAAAAUCGGAUGGCCAACGCGUCCUUAUCUUGAUCGUCGUUCCUCCUGCCACCUGCAAGCAAGAAGUGUUCCUGAUUGACCGGAAAAAUAACUACUACCAGGUGGACAACCUGAUCUUCCCCCACCACGACACUAAUUCUCCUUCGAUGAUGGCGACGGGCGGUAUGCGCACCAACACUCUUUUGGAUGGCGAACUUGUUAUUGAUACCAUUUACCCCGGAAAGACCAAGCUUCGGCUACUUCUUUUCGAUUGCCUUGCCAUCGACGGUCAAAGCCUGGCGCACAAGCCGCUUGGUCGGAGAUAUGCGAGCAUUCGCAGCCAUGUCCUGCCGCCUUACCAAAGCUUUAUGAAGCAAAACAAACUAGCGAGCAUUAGGGCGCCCUUUGAGGUGCAGCUGAAGCCCAUGGAUCUUGCGUAUGGUCUCGAGACUGUGCUUCACGACAAGAUGAAGCACUUGCAACACCAGACCGAUGGCUUGAUCUUUACCAGUUUCACUGGUGGUUAUACCUGUGGCACGGACCAAAAAAUUCUCAAGUGGAAGCCGAAGCACGAAAACUCGAUCGAUUUCAAGAUCCGCUUGCGGUUCCCCCCCGAUCUCAAGGCGGACCCCUCUGGCAGUACGCCAGACUUUACCGCGAAGCCUUUCUUUCAACUCCUCCAGCACGUAAAGGGUGAUGAUCACGAACCGUUCGACUAUCUGGACAUGUCGGACGUAGAAUGGUACAAGUGGAAGAGCUCGGGCCAACAGCUCGACGACCGAAUUGUCGAAUGCGCUUGGCACCCUCCUGCUGGCCAGAAUGAAAAGGAAAGCACUUGGCACAUUAUGCGUAUUCGCGACGACAAGGCGAACGCUAAUCAUAAAAGUACUGUCGGUCGCAUUAUUCAGAGCAUCCGCGAUGGCGUGGAUGAGGAAGAGCUAAUCAAACUUGCCCCGGCCAUCCGCGCCGCCUGGAAAGCACCCGAGCGCGGCCGGAUUCGGAACAAGAUGGCUUCGGUCAAGUCAGUGCCUUUCAACAAGACAUGCAAAGGUGGUGGCGGCCCCGGUGCCCCAAUGACCCGCGGCGGUAUGCCUGGCCUGGUCCGCCGGUGA